CCAGACCACCUUCCAGUCCCCGACUAUAAGCUAAACACUGCGAGUUCCAACAGCUACGCCCCCACGGAUAAAACAAAAAAAAUGCCCGUCCGACGAAUCGCCCAGAUAGUCCACCUGAAGCCGUCUGCCCUGGCAGCCUACAAAGAAUGUCACGCGAAUGUGUGGCCCGAGGUGCUGCAGCAGAUUAAGGAGUGUAAUAUUCGGGAUUGUAUGCAGUUGACCCCGGUUUUGGGAAGUGGGGAUUGUGGCUAAUGUGUAUGCUUGAGUAGAUUCGAUCUUCUUUGAUAAUGAUCGGACUUUGUUUGCGACGUUUAAAUAUGUCGGGGAUGAUUUCGAGGGUGAUAUGGAGAAGAUGAAGGCCAAUCCUAAGGUGAGGGAGUGGUGGGCGAUGACGGAUGGCAUGCAAGAGAGUCCGACUCCUGGGGCUGUGGGCAGUGCGGAGGGACCUUCGUGGUGGAAGCCGUUGGAGGAGGUUUUCUAUACGGAUUGAAAGAAGGAACAUGAAUCUUUACGAUGCACACCACGA